UGGCGGCGCCCGUGUGGUAAUUUAAAUUUUUAACUUAACGUUGAAGUCAUUCACGCUCUUCGAGCUUCCCAAAACAGAGCGAGAAUGUCGGCACAGUGCAUCGUACUCGACACUUCCGAUGAAAGCGACGGCGGCGCGGACUGCACGCCCAUCUCGAGCAACUUUUUGCCGAGGCGAGACAGCCAAGGGGCAAAGCGCGAGUCCAACUGGCACGAUUCGGAAGCCAUGAUCGACCUGUCCCAGAGCGAUCCGGAAGAGAACGAUUGCGACGAACUGCACCACACCGACCAUCCCACCGGCGAAAGCGAAAGGCUACCCCGAAAGCGAUCGCGGGAGUGGUCGGACAGCGAUUGCGAGGAACUGCUGCCACUUAGUCUCCGCAUUCAACCCCCACCACACCAACCUAAAGCCUGCGAUGUCGUGGAUCCAGUACCGACCAAAUCGACUGCUGUGCCAAGGAAGGCAGUACACGAGAUUUCCGACAGUGAAGACGACAGCUUGCCCGACCUGAGUCAGCAGAUCGGAGUCGUCUGGGAUGUCCCUCCCCCACACUGUCAUUCGCCGCUAGGCUCAAAGCAGACAACAACAGUUUCUAUCAGCGCUGUCCCGACAAGAACAGCCAAGGAAACCGUUGCGGUGAGUUUGAACAAUUUGAUCGGCAAUAAGGUGCCACGUCUGAUUGCCAGUUAA